CGUGUUUGCGUUGGUUUGAGCACAUCAUGGGCGGGCUACGAGGGCCUCUCAUCCUGUUGGUCUUGUCAGUCUCGCUGGCCUUGGCCCACGUGCACGGAAUCCCAGCACGAAGUGAGACGCCGUCCCGUCCCGUCUCCCCAACCACUUGUCUUCUGCGUCGCUUUUCGCAGGUGCCCGGCAGCCUGUUGACGGAGAUGAGGCAGCAGAGAAGGGCUCCAAGGGCUUCAUCUCCCCCUGGCCUGCUGUUAAGCUGGCUGGUCAACUCGGAAAAGCCGGCUGGAAGAUGGCAACCGGACAGAGAGGUGUGCACCACAGAUCUAUGUGGCAACCGGACAGAUCUAUGUGGUGCAGACCCGGAGAAGGUGAAGAAGAUGGAAGAGGAAGGCAGGUACGGCGUGCCGUCCUUCAAGCCUCUCUCUGGUGAGCAAUGCCAUCCUUCGCCUCCAUUGAGUGUGUCUUAUGCCUCCACGUGUUAAGCAACGGAAAGCCACCAGAGCGUCUGAUCUGUGUGUUUGCUCAUGCAUUCCCUCAGAGUUGGCUGGGAAGGCCGGCACAGGGCUGGCGAAGGAGGCGGGAAAGUUCUACCACGAGACAGGUCCAAGUCUCGGCCAGAGAAUGAUUGAAAGCAUGGUGGGCGCCGGCAAGGCCGCCCAGUACUACGCCAAGCCCGCAUUUGGCACCACAUCCGAGGCCUACAAGCAGCAUGCCAUCGACACCGACGUGGCCAGCCAGAGGCAGGAGAGAGACAUGCUGGCGCUCCAAUCCAAAGCCGAUUUCCUCAAGGAGGAGCUGAAAACGCUCGAGGGCAAGAAGGACGCCGACAGCGUGAGACGCAGGAACGAGAUGGAAUCCUACCUGGUCGGUGGGGUCUGUCUGUCUGAUGGAUGGAUGUAGGCAUCAAAGCUUACUCCCUGUGUGUGUGGCUGGCUUUUCGAUUGUCAGCCCGGCCUGGAGCGAGACAUUCUUCAGGACAAGAAGAGCAUCGCAGCGCGGCAGCAGCAGCGGGCCAAGAUGGCAGAGGACGAGUUCAAGUACGACAAGGCGACCAACCUGGUGGGGCCCUGGGGCUGAGUGGCCGGUCAACGAUCUGAGACACAGAGAAAUUCUUACAAUACCCCAUCCCUUUUUAACGCCAUUCUUUCAGUCGUGCAAAGCGUGAAAGAGACACUGAAAGAGCCAUGGACAUGGACGGGGACAUGAUUGAUCAGUGAAUGAAUGAAUGAGUGAAUGAGUGAAUGAGUGAAUGAAGGAAUGAAUGAAUGAAG